UUGAUCUAGGCCACGCCCAGGCGUCCCUUACGUCUCUACGUGGACGUAGAAAGGGGGAGGGGCGUGUAAACAGAGAGAAUCCCGAACAAAGAAGAAGAAGAAGCGAAUUUUACUUCCAGCCGAUAAACCGAGUGCAUAAAAUAAGCUUAUCAUCAUGCCCAUUCGCCGUUCAGCUGCGGCUCCUCCCAAGGAGGACACGCCCCCAGCACCUGAGCCAGAGGUGAAAACCAACUCUGGCGAGUCCACGUCUGCUGAGGAGGAGCAGAAAGGAGCACCGGCUGCCACCCCAGCGGGAGAGGAGAGCGGAGACGCCGGGGAGAAGUCUGCUGAAAACGCUCCAGAGGACGGAGAGAAGGGAGAAGCCGGAGAAGCUGCGGAGGGGGAGAAGUCGGAGAAGAGCGGAGGCACAGAGGAGCAAGGGAAGAAGAAGAAAAAGAAGGAUGCUGCAAAAAAACCAGAGGAGAAGGAAGGAGGUGAAGAGAAGAGUAAAAAGGUGAAGAGGAAAAUCCCUGCUUGGGCCACCAUGUCCGCCAGCAAACUCGCCUGUGCGCCAAAAAGCGUCUCCGUGUCGCAGCCCAAAGUGGAAGAAAUCCUCCUUGAUGCUAUUCAGAACUGUAAAGAGCGAUCCGGCGCGUCGAUCUUCACCAUAAUGAAAUACGUCACGAAGAAAUAUUCCUCCAUGGAAAUGGACAAAAGGACAAAAAGCCAGUACAAGAGGGCAAUGAAGAAGCUGGUGGAGAAAGGACUGGUCAAGCAGCUGAAAGGAAAAGGCUUCUCGGGAAGUUUCACCAUCGGGAAGCUCCCCAGCGAGUCCAACUCAAAGAAGAAGCCCUCGACCUCGAGCUUCUCAGGAACAAAGGGCGGCACGCUGGGCGAAGCUCUGCCGCUGAUCAUGACCCGCCUCUGUGAACCCAAGGAGGCUUCGUACAUCCUCAUCAAGAAAUACCUGGAGCAGCACUUCCCCCAGCUCAAUGUAGAGAGCAGGCCCGACAUUCUGAAGAACUGCCUGCAGAGGUCUGUGGAAAGGGGAUUCCUGGAGCAGAUCACCGGGAAAGGUGCUUCAGGGACCUUCCAGCUGAAGAAAUCUGGGAAUAAGGUCCUCCUGGGCGGCGGGCUCCUGGAAGACGCGAUCGUCGCCGCGAUCACCGCCAUGAAUGAGCCCAAGUGCUGCAGCAUAAGCGUGCUGCGCAAGUUCCUGGUAGAGAACCACCAAGACAAGACGGCUUAUUUCAUCGUGGCAAACCUGAAAAGAACACUGCAGAGGUGUAAGAUGAUGGGCUGGAUGGAGCAGAUCACCGGUCACGGGCUCAGCGGAUCUUACCAGCUCAGCUACCCGUUCUACCCGAGUCCAGACGUGCUGUUUCCAGAAAUGAUGGAAAAAAUCAAACAGAAGGAGAAGGAGAAGCUCAAACAGCAAAAGAGGAGGAGAGAUGAAGAGUCUGAUGAUGAGGAGGAGGAGGAGGAGGAAGAGGAAGAGUCUGAAGAGGAAGAGUCCGAGGACGAGGAGCCCCCUCCUCGUAAGAGGAGUCAGAAGAGGCCUGCGCCCAGAAAGCGUCAGCCUCCGCCCAGAAAAAAGCCCAAGACCACCAGCAGAAAACCUGCACCCGCUAGAAGACCGGCAGCUCCAGCUAAGAAAACCUCAGCCUCCGAUAACAAGGCGGUUUCCAAGAAGAUACCUCCACCCCCUAAAGCCACACCGGUCAAGAAAGCUGCCCCAGCCCGAAAGCCCAAGACGCCCAUCGCCAAGAAGAUGACGAGCCGAGUGUCCAAGCGACCGACGCCCAAGAAGACGCCGGCCAAGAAGCAGGAAACUUCAUCCGAGUCGAAAUCUGCCGCUCGAAAGUCUCUCAGGGCCAGGAAAUGAUCUCCUAGCGAUCCCGCGGUCAACUGUAGCUCCGGUCACUGCAGUGCUUUGCUAAUUCUUUCGUUUUUUGUUUUGUUUUUUAAAAAAAAAGAAAAGAUCAUUUUAGUAGCUUUCACUGUUCUCCAAGCCUCCUGUUAGAAUUUUUUUUCCCUGCAAUCUGUGUACCGUAGUGCUACAUAGAACCAUUUCAGUUUUGUUUCUCUUUUAUUGUUAUUUUAUUUCUAUUUUUAUUUUUUAUUUUUUAAUGACAAGAGUUCAGAGUAUGUUCACACUGCUGUGAGAUCUGAUGUAGGUGUCACCAUGUUGUCUUGACUGUGCACAUAUAAAGAUGGCUUUCGACUCAUUUGUCUUGGCGUAGGGAGAUUACUUUCGCCUUCACCGUAACCCUUUCGUUCACGUUUUUGCCGUUUCGACAGUGUUUGAGAAUUCUCCACCGAAGUAUUCACGUUCUUCGUCCCCGUUUUAAAAAGAAGGCUCCUUUUGUCGUUUUUGUGGAUUUACAGUAAUGUAGGGAAAAUAGCAAACCUGGUUUGGUCCUUUUGUUUAAAUUAAAGAGAUGAAGUUACACAUGACUGGUGCCUCGUUUUCAGUUUGACACUCAAUUGGGGCCAUCACAGGAUUUUUUUUUUUUUUUAAACUGUAAUAUAAAGUGAAUAUUUAUAUAAUUUUUCUCUGUCAAUUAAGGAAAAAAAACAGCUUCCAUGAGUUAAAUUAAGUCAGACACUAUAUAACACACCCAGUAAAUUAUCCCAGUGGUAUUCAGAUUUAGAGUAACUUGAUUUAAAUUGAUCAUUAAUUAUGGCCUGCAUGCAUGUAACUGAUUAUGCUUUUAUUGUAGUCCUUAAUAAAGUGACUAUAUUUGUACUCCAAA